AUGAGCACUUAAAUAUUUAGCUCGGCAUAAACUAUUUUAAGAGGCUUAAAAAAUCUUCAUAUUAUAACUGAGGGUGAGUAAAAGAUAUUUUCUGAUCUGUUGCUUCGAUUGGAUCAGUUUAAAGAUAUUUAUCUCCUUCGUAAAUACAAUACACUGCUCUAUCGCUUUAUUGAUCAAUUAUAAAUCGAAGAGUUUAAACCUCAGUAAUUUAUUUACCAAGAUGGAAAACACAACGGUAUCAAGUACUUCCUUAUUGGAGGAGAAGUUGUUUACACAAGAUAAAAUGAGUAGCUAAAUUAAAUUACUUCUAAAUAAAUUCUCUAUUAAAAGCUAGAAGAAAAGUCUUAAAUUAAUGCAUCUGAAAACAAAAAGAGAGCCUUCUAGCUAAUUUAAGAUAUGAAGAUAAACAAAACAAAACCAAUUAGAGAACUUUAUCUAGGUGAAUAAUUUGGGUCGAGAGAAGAUUAUAAUAAUCACCUAGUUUUUAAGGCUAGAAGAUUGGAGUAAGAAUAUCAGAAAUUGAAAGAAUCGCUAGAUUUUAACUAAUCAUUAAGUGUUCAAGCACUAUCAGAUUGUAUAGUAGUCUCUAUUUCACAAGAAAAAUAUGACUUAAUGUUUUAGCCUUUCAUUUUAAAGUUGAAAACUCUUAUAUAAGCUCUUAGCUAGAGUUUGAUGAACAUCAAAAUAUCAGAAUAAGAGAUGUAUGAAACCGAGUAUUUUGCUCAUUAUUAUGAUGAAAAUGUAUACCAGCAAAGAGAAAUCUUAAUCCAACAAGGAAUGCCAACAGAUUAUUUAUAUUUUGUUAAGUCUGGCCAAGUACAAAUCUAAAAGAGUAUUACUGAACUUUAUCGCUAUGGCUCCGGAUAAUAUAUUUUGUGCAAAAACUUUUUGAAUUCUAAGUCUUAUGAGCAUAAUGUUUAAAUUUUAGAUCCUGAAACAAUUGUGACAAGAAUACAACGCUACUUCUUAUAUCUCAUGCUUAAUCUCAAAUCAUUAAGUAAUAAACCUAUUUCUAGCGUUUAAAAGCAAACAAUUGUGUCUCUUUAUUAGAGCAACAGUAAUUCUGGUACUAAGUAAUCUAUACCAUCUCCUUUAACCUAGGCUAGUCUUACCUCUAAUUCACAAAUAAGCAUGUUUAGAUAAUCACACACUAUUCUUGACUGUUCUUCAAUACUUUCAUCUUACCAUUCUUAAAGAGAGAUUAACACUCCUAUUUCAUUAUAACAAAAUAAUUACAUCUCUAGCAUACAAAAUACACCAUCAUCUUCUAAUUUGUAAAAGUAAACUACUCUAUGCAACUCAAUUAUCCUCUCUAAAAAAAUGUCUUAAAGUAGCGGCAGUAAUAACAAUAAUAAUACUGUUAAUGGUUCAUUUGGAUUACUUAAUUCAUAAAACUAAGGCAACUUAACAUAAAUAGAAAACUAAGAUAAAGCUCUCAAAACUGCUCGCCCAUUAUCUUCCAAUAAGAGAAGGAUAAUAAUUCCCACAAAAAGUAAAAUUUACUAGAAUUUUUAGAGAUCAAUUAGUGCUAAUCUUAGAAAGCGUUAGGAAAAUAAAUUAAUAUAGGAAACAAUAGAAUAAAGUAAGUAAGUUUUAGGAGAUUAAGACACAACUAAGCGUUUCAGCUUAGAAAGUGAGCAAGUUGAAAUUGCUGUUUUGAAAUAACCUAUGAAUGCUACAACCUCUUCUUUAGUUAAAUAACCAAAAUUAAACGGAUUAAAAAGGACAUUUACAGUAAGUUUCUUAGAUAACGACAAUGAGGAAGAAGAUAAUAAAAUAAACACAAGCACUCUCUAUCAUAGUGAAAAAAUUGGAAGUGUUUAAAGCUAAAGUUAAAGUUAGCGCAGUUCUGUUACUCAUAAAGAAGAUUCUUAAAUCUCAACUAGACAUUCUUCCAAAAAGUCCACAGCUAUUUAUAUUAAACCAAAAAUUUUAAAUGCAUUUGACAUUUUUUCUGAUACUCCUAUCAAUUCAAAUACUCCUUUAGGAUCUCUUACCCAAUCUGCUAAUCUAAAUGACCAUCCAAAUACUAUUCAUCAUUCUAAAUUUAACAUUUACAAUAAUCAAAAUAGACUUUCUAAAAACUCCUCCACACCAAAGCUGAGUUACAUAAAAAUAUAAGCUGAUUAAGCUAAAGAUUAAUUAAACAUCAAUAAAGCUCCUUUGUCAUGUAGAAUGCUUUCACCUCCAAAUAUAAAGUCUUCUCAUUAUUUCAUUAAUAAGAAUAGUAAAAAUAAAAGCUUAUACAACAGCAAUAGCAGUAAUAAUAAUAACAAUAAUAGCAACAAUAUUUUCAAUAACACAUCAAAUAGUAGCAACAAUUCUAAUAACUCCUUCCCAAACAAAAAUCUCACUAGCAUAAAAUCUCUACCUCUAAAGAAAAGCAACUUCGUUUAAUACAUAUUUGAUAAUUCUCAUAACAACAACUCUAACUUCAAAAUCUGA